AUGCAAGACUCAAAAGGAAAUAAACCGCAGAGUUUAAAGUCCAUAUGUGAUGAACUCCUCGCGGACCGUACAAGUGAUGAAGAGUUGCAACAGCAGCGAUUACAGUUAGAAUCAUUAUUUACAUCCCCCAAUUCUCAAUUAAGUGAAGUUCCUACUGCAACCGCUCUUCGUCAAACAGUAGAGAUAUUUAUAAGAGAACAUGCGGAUGUUAUGUUGUUUAAUAGUGAUAUGAAUACAAUGGGAAUGAAAGAGAUGGAUCCAUCUCGUGUAUGUGAUCUUCUUCUGCGUUGCAAAGGUCCUCUUGAGAGUCUCAAGGCAGAGUGGAAACGAGUAUUGGAAGAAACAUUCACAAAGAGGAAUGAAGGCCAUCACCGUAAUUCUGAAUGUAAUGUAUUGUGUUUUGAUUCUGAUAAUGACACAGCGUGGGAAAUACUACAGUUAGAAGAAGAAAAUCAGUGUAAGAGCCAUGCGAAUAAGCAUACUUCACGUGAUCUCCUUAACAUGUGUGUGCAGCAAUGGGUAGUGACAAAACAAGAUGGUGUUCAUAAUAAUAAUAAUAAUAAUAAUAAUAAUAAUAAUAAUAAUAAUAAUAGUAAUAAAGAUAGUAAAGAUUACACUAAUGGGGUACAAUCUUGUUUAAAGAAAAACAAUGGACAAGAGAUCCUACAGGCAGUGCGUGAAGUAAUAGACGCAGAUCUUGAUACAAACAUUUUAGAUGAAAAUUGGGAGUUUUGGGUAUCACUAUUACUAGCCUAUGUUGAGAAGGACACCACCUCACGUGAGGCUGUGAGUGUAGUGGAGUUAUUAUAUAUGCAUUGUACAGCUCAAGAGAAACUUUAUCUUGUUGGAUCCAUCACGAAAAAAAUUCAUCGUCUUGCGGAUAAUGCAGUCGUUUUAAAAGAUAUUUUUAUGAAUUUAUUUCAUCAAUUACUUCUACGUACACCAGAGGAUAUUAUUCCUUUUACAGAUGAUGAAAUUCUAGAGUUAUUUCUACAAUCCUUACGUGUUGUGGUAACUCAUAUUAUAUCUUUUAAUUCUAUGGAUACAAAAGCGCAGUGGUUGAGAGGACUGUUGGUGCGUCCUUCCCUUAUUUCUCAUAUUAUCUCUUUACCAAACUCAACACCAGAUGUUAUGGAGAAGUUAAUAACAGACACAACACCCACACCUCAUGCUAUUUCCCUAAUUGUUAUCAUGUUACCACUUUGGAUGGGAAAUGAUAGUAGUAGAAGUAAAAGAACUGUAAUUACACUCUUUGAAGGAAUUGUAAAUGCUAUACUGCAUGAUCAUAUUCCAAAAGAAAUGUUAACGGAUGUUAUGGUGUGUAUAGGGCGCUGUGUACAUGGUAUUUAUUUUGAAAAACGCUCUGAGUAUGUUAAUAUGAUAUGUGAUGCUAUUGUUUGUAGAAUGAAUGACACAACAAUAAUAACAAGAGGAGAAUGUGUAUUAACAUUAUUGGAGCUCUUAUUACGAUUUGCAUGUCCCUCUGCUCAUUUCUCUGAUGAAAUGUACCGACUACCACCCAUACAUUUAAAAUCUAUAGAAGAAAAUCUUUUAAAACGCUCUGAAAAGUGGUCUAAAGUGAAUGAUUUAAGAAAAAGUGCCGUUCGUAUUUUUUGGUGGGUAAUGCUUCGUUGGUAUGCAGCGGAUCUCAAUAAAGUAGUUACACGAGUUGUGAAGAGUGUGUGUAGACGUGAUCGGCGAAUGGGUGUAUUGUGGGAUGAGGGACAUCUUGUGGCUAUGAGUUACACUAUACCGCUCUGGUGUGGAUUGGAGGAUGUGUGGGAAAGUGAGCAGCGGGUAAGUUCUCUUAAUUACGUGAUACUUCUUCAUUAUAUUUGUAGUAGUGAUAGGAAGAAUUUCUCAGAAUAUUAUCAUCUACAUCUACAAGAAGAACAAGAAAAAGAAGAAAAGGAACUAGUAUCAUUUUCACAACCAAUACCAUUAUCCAUACCAUUACAAGAAAAAUCAUAUGUGGAUAGAGAAGUGGAACCUCAACGGUCAUCAUCUCAGAUGAGUCACAUGUCAACAUCGUGGUGGAUGUUAAUGCGUUGGUGUACGAAUGCGUGUGCACGUCGUGGAUUAUUUUUUGCAACAACAGAGUCUCUUCGUUCUCUUGUGGAUAAUAAUUAUAAUGAUAUUUUAGAUAAUGUCCCUCUUGUGAUGCCAGUAGAAGAAUUUGAUGAGUUACUUCACAUUCCCCAUACCAUUUCUCAACAGAAACUUCAUAAGCAGCAAACUCUUGCGCUUUUACUCUCUAUUAGGUUAUGGAUUGCUUCCUUAAGUUCAUUAACGCAACCUGAAGCACCUAUUACUUGUAAAAUAAAUUUGAAUGAUAUGUUGCAUCAACAAAUACGAACUUAUUGGAUAGAUUAUAAUACUAGUGGUAAACUAUCUAAAUAUCCAUUUGGAGAUGAUUCCCUAUUAGUGUUACUUUGUGUCUGUUGUAUGGGAAAGUUAACAGAUAAAGAGAAUCAUCAUUACAUGGAUAAAUCGGUUUUGCAGGAAACUCUGCAGCAGCUGGUAGAAGAUAGAUGUGGAUUUGAUCCAAUAGAACAGAUUGUAAAAUAUCUCAUCACUGGUGUUGGUGGUGAGUAUCUCGCUUCUAUCCUUGCAAAGCGAUUUGAGGCGGUGUGUGAAGUUUCUAUAUCUUCAGAUCUAAGAAAGGAUAAACAACAUUUUCUCGUACCAGCUGUGACAGAAGAAGAUAUACACUCCCUUUACUCUUCCCUUAAGUUAAAAGAAAUAACUUCAUCAUCAUCAUCAACAACAACAACAACAUUAACAACAACAACAACGACUACAACAGUGUCAAAUGAUAUUAUGGAUGUUUCUUUGCGUAAUAUAUUGUUUCUUUUGCUUGAAUUACAUGGAGGUGAUGUCUUUCAGGCAGCGAAUACUUUCAAGAGUUAUCCAGUCUCAAAGUGGGAGGCAUACGGGCGUUGUACAGAACUAGCCGUGGGAGUUGUACAACAUAUUGUAAGUAUGUGGCCGCAUGUUGAAAGGAUUCUUCAAUCUGCCGGUAUAGAUGUUUACUAUCUUUCUUUGCUGUGUGUAAGUAAGUGGAUGCGGGAUCCAGCCACGUCUGUGGAUUUGGCAAAGAAGUCUAUUGAAAAAUUUAUGCAUAUUGGACAAAGAGCAUGGGAAUGUAUUGUUGCUGAGAGUCUGUAUAGGCAUUUAAUGGGAAUUUGGCAGCAGCUGAGAGAACCAGAAGAGUUGUCAUCAUCAUGGACGGCGUCAGGUAUUUUUCCAGUAAGUCUUCUUUGGGCCUCAUGUUUGACGAAACCAUUUAUUUUAUCUGAAGGACUGUAA